AUGCUGACCAAAUUUUUUCUUCAUCUGAUUGUCAUCUUGUCGCUGUUAGUUAUCGCAAGUCACGCAGGUAGUAUCGCAAAGGUUGUUGACCACAGUAAAGGAGUGUAUAUGCACGAUCAUCCUGAUUUCCCAUCGGUCAUGGGAGGGCCCGGCGGUCCAUACCGCACUCACUACCUUCAUUCUCGGUUUGGAAUUGGUCACAGACGGAGGCGCGCAAUAACGAAUCUUCAGGUCCAAAAUGAGGCAAGAUAGAUUCUGAUUUGUACAAGAAAUUCUCUGCUGAAUCUCAUUCAUGGCAUGAAAGAAGAGACAUAUUAAAUGAAACUGAGCUCACAGAAUUGUGGUGUAAUGACUACGCAAUUAUGAGAGUUCCAAGAAUUUUU